UGUUUCCUGUCGGAAGCAUGAAGUAGCUACCACCAGACAACGGGCUCAACAUUUUUUAUAGUUUUUUUUUUUUUUUAAAUAAAUCUAAACUUCAAGUGGAUUUUUCCUCAGUCAAGAUGUCUCGGGGCUCUAUCGAGAUCCCUCUACGGGACACGGAUGAGGUUAUCGAGCUCGACUUCGACCAGCUGCCAGAAGGAGACGAGGUCAUCAGUAUCCUGAAGCAGGAGCAUACGCAGCUGCACAUAUGGAUCGCUUUGGCGUUGGAGUAUUACAAACAGGGCAAAACGGAGGAUUUCGUCAAGCUGUUAGAGGCCGCUCGUAUUGAUGGAAACCUCGACUACAGAGACCACGAGAAGGACCAGAUGACUUGUCUAGACACACUGGCGGCGUAUUAUGUUCAGCAAGCACGUAAAGAGAAAAACAAAGAUGCCAAGAAAGAGCUCAUCACGCAGGCCACGCUGCUCUAUACUAUGGCAGACAAGAUCAUCAUGUAUGAUCAGAACCAUUUGUUGGGACGAGCCUGUUUCUGCCUGCUGGAAGGAGACAAGAUGGACCAGGCCGAUGCUCAGUUCCACUUCGUCCUCAAUCAGUCCACCAACAACAUCCCUGCUUUGCUUGGUAAGGCCUGCAUCUCCUUCAAUAAAAAGGAUUACAGAGGAGCACUGGCAUAUUACAAAAAGGCUCUACGUACGAACCCUGGCUGCCCAGCUGAGGUACGGCUGGGGAUGGGCCACUGCUUUGUCAAACUCAACAAACUGGAGAAGGCUCGUUUGGCUUUUGGUCGAGCCCUAGAGCUGAACUCGAAGUGUGUGGGAGCUCUCGUCGGUCUGGCGGUUUUAGAGCUCAACAACAAGGAGGCAGAUUCCAUCAAGAACGGAGUGCAGCUCCUGUCGCGGGCCUACACCAUCGACCCCAGCAACCCCAUGGUGCUCAACCACCUCGCCAACCACUUCUUCUUCAAAAAGGAUUACAGCAAAGUGCAGCAUCUGGCCCUCCACGCUUUCCAUAACACCGAGGUCGAGGCCAUGCAAGCGGAGAGCUGCUACCAGUUAGCUCGCUCAUUUCACGUGCAGGAGGACUACGACCAAGCGUUUCAGUAUUACUACCAGGCCACUCAGUUUGCCUCCUCCACCUUUGUGUUGCCAUUCUUUGGCCUGGGACAGAUGUAUGUGUAUCGAAGAGACAAAGAGAACGCGGCACAGUGCUUUGAGAAGGUUUUAAAGGCCUACCCCAACAACUACGAAACUAUGAAAAUUCUGGGGUCUCUCUACGCAACAUCUGACGAUCAGGAAAAGAGAGACAUCGCCAAAGGUCAUUUGAAGAAAGUAACAGAGCAGUACCCAGACGAUGUGGAGGCGUGGAUCGAGCUGGCUCAGAUCCUGGAGCAGACUGACAUUCAGGGAGCGCUGUCCGCGUACGGCACAGCCACCCGCAUCCUGCAGGAGAAGGUGCAGGCCGACGUUCCCCCCGAGAUCCUCAACAACCUGGGGGCUCUUCACUUCAGACUGGGCAACCUUGGAGAGGCCAAGAAAUACUUUCUUGCAUCUCUCGAGCGGGCCAAAGCCGAAGGAGAGCAUGACGAGCAUUACUACAACGCCAUUUCUGUCACCACCUCCUACAAUCUGGCCCGCCUGUACGAGGCAAUGUGCGAAUUCCACGAAGCUGAGAAACUUUACAAAAACAUCCUGAGAGAGCAUCCUAACUAUGUGGACUGUUAUUUGCGUCUUGGAGCGAUGGCUCGCGACAAAGGAAACUUCUACGAAGCUUCUGACUGGUUCAAAGAGGCCCUGCAGAUUAAUCAGGAUCAUCCGGACGCCUGGUCCCUGAUAGGGAACCUUCACUUGGCCAAACAGGAAUGGGGUCCGGGUCAAAAGAAGUUUGAGCGUAUUCUGAAGCAGCCGUCCACGCAGAACGACACCUACUCCAUGCUGGCUCUGGGUAACGUGUGGCUGCAGACUCUGCACCAGCCAACCAGAGACAGAGAAAAGGAAAAGAGACACCAGGAUCGAGCCCUGGCGAUAUACAAACAAGUCCUGAGAAAUGACUCCAAGAACCUCUAUGCCGCCAAUGGCAUCGGUGCCGUCCUGGCCCACAAGGGCUACUUCAGAGAGGCUCGUGACGUGUUUGCGCAGGUGAGGGAGGCCACAGCAGACAUCAGUGACGUCUGGCUAAACCUGGCUCACAUCUACGUCGAACAGAAGCAGUACAUCAGCGCUGUGCAGAUGUAUGAGAACUGCCUGAAGAAAUUUUACAAAUAUCAGAACACGGAGGUGCUGCUGUACCUCGCAAGGGCGCUCUUCAAAUGUGGGAAACUCCAAGAGUGCAAGCAGAUGCUGCUGAAGGCCCGCCACGUGGCUCCCAGCGACACGGUGCUGAUGUUCAACGUGGCCCUGGUGCUUCAGAGACUGGCAACUCUUGUGCUGAAAGAUGAGAAGAGCAACCUGAAGGCUGUACUCAGUGCUGUCAAAGAGCUGGAACUGGCUCACAGGUAUUUCAGUUACCUCAGCAAGGCCGGAGACAAGAUGAGGUUUGACCUCGCCCUUGCUGCAUCUGAGGCCAGGCAGUGCUCUGACCUGCUGAGUCAGGCUCAGUACCAUGUGGCGAGAGCCAGAAAGCAGGAUGAGGAGGAGAAGGAGCUUCGGGCCAAACAAGAACAGGAGAGGGACCUGCUGCGUCAGCAGAUGAUGAAAGAACAGGAGGCAAAGCGGAGCAGAGAGGUGGAGGAACAGAAAAAGCUCCUGGAGCAGAGAGCUCUGUACGUGGAGAAGACCAAGAACCUGCUCACCUUCGCAGAGGGAUCAAAGGAAAUGGCGAAAGAAAAGAAGAAGGGAGGCAGUGGUGGUGGACGUCGCAAGAAAGGAGACAUGGAUGAGUUCGUCAACGAUGACUCUGACGAGGACCUGCCACUGAGGAAGAAGAAGAAAAGGAAGGGCGGCAGUGGCAGUGAGCAGGAGGAGGGCGAGGACGGAGAGAAGAAGUCGCGCAAGAAGAGGAGGAGACCUGCCAGAGGAGGAAAUGACAGUGAUGAUGAGGAAGGAGGAUCACGACCCAAGAAGCAACGUAAACCCAAAGAACGCAAGAGGAUUGAAAAGUCCCAGCCUGAGCGUCUGCCACCGUCUCUUAAAGGAAAGAUCAAGUCUAAGGCCAUCAUCUCGUCUUCUGAGUCCUCUUCAGAUGAGGAUGGGUUGAAAAUAGCUGAAGACAGACACCAAAGAGACAGCGGCUCGGGGUCCGAUGAAGAGGGCGGAGGACACAGGAAGCGCAUUGUGUCCGACAGCGAGUCAGAUGGAGAAAGGAACCGCUCUGGCAGCGAGGCGGGCAGCCCUGUGGGCAGCCCGGCGGGCAGCCCAGCGGGCAGCCCUCGGCACUCGGUCUCAGAGGAUGACGACUCAGGCAGCGACCGUCCAGUGAAGAAGAGGAGGGUGCAGCGGCAGUCCGACUCAGAGCAGUCAGACAACGAGAGCAAGAGGAGUCGGUCGGGAUCAGAUGACGAGUCACGGCGCGGUUCGCCCGUUGCGGCGUCUGACCGAGGAUCAGACAGGGCAUCGGAAGCGGGAUCAGACAACGAGGGCUCCCCGCGCCGCUCUGACAACGCCUCUGAACCUGAAGGCUCCAACAAUGAGGACGACAGCGAUUAAAUCUUCCUCACAGACUCGUCCCGCGUAAUGAUGACAAAACUCUCCACAUUUGCGUUUCUUAUUUUCUAUUAAAAGCAGGGAUUUCUGUCCGUAUAUCUUGGAGUUAGCCUAGAAGAGGUUGUAGGUUGUUUUGUUUUGUUUUUUUGGGCACAGCAUUAUGGUGUAUUCCUCACUCCUGGUGUGGAAUUGUCUUCACAGAUGCAGUUUUGUUAAACAUGAAUUUGAAGUGAACUAAAAAGGUGUAAAACCUCUAUUUUCUAUCUCACAUGGUCAGACACUGACACAAAAAUGGAAAGAUGCUUCAACAAAAUGUCAAAUUGAAAAGAGAGAACAAAGAAUUGUGUAAGAUGUGGAUCCUCUGCUUCUGUAUUUCAUUCUGGAGCAAAUAGAAAAUGCUGUCAACUUUGAUUUUUGCUGAUUAUGAUUCUUCUUGUGUCCAUUCUUCUAACUUUGUUUAGUAAAAACACUUCAGCAGCAAACUUAAAUCAGGGUGUCCUUAACAUUUUUACAAUUUCUUGUAUAACUUAACUGCAAACAUAACCUUAAAGCUGAUACGUGUAUUGAUUUCAGUCUUCAACUUAUUGAAAGUUGUCAUAAUUGGCCAUUUGUUAGGAAGUUUAAACAAGUUAGCAUCCCUUUAUAUAACAGUAAUAUGGAUCUCAAUCAGAAAUAGUCUGUAUUGUAGCUCACAGAAGUCCUCCAAAAGCUAGAUUGGUAUCAAGUGUCACUAUCUCAGUACAUACUGACAAGAUGUUACGCAGUGUUUAGUCAUUUUGGUUCCAAAGUUUAAAUGAGCACCUCAAUUUCCUGCACUUAUUUGGAGCCAAGCAGCUUCUCUGCUGUCUUUAGUCUGGUUAGGUAGGCUUGAGUAAUCUAAAAAUCAUGAGUUGCAUUUCUUGUUGCAUACAUUUUAGAAAUGUGCAGUCUCAUCGACAGUCAGCCCAUCUGUUAGGUGUCACCAAAUGGCAGAUCAUCCACCCCAAAACAAGUGAUUUUAGGAAUAAAAAUGUAUAGCUUUUAAAUGGCACCUUUAUUAAAUUUUUCAAGAUGGGCAAGUAAAAACAACAAAUUUAGGGGAAAGAAAUCGUCAAGACAAUGAAAUGAACCGUUAAACUUUAUUCAAGGUUGAUCUGUAGUUGUACACUCAAACUUCCUGUAUAUAACAUUACAGUGACACUCCAAAAGAAGGUUUAAGUGUACAUAUACAGUGCAUUCUUUAUAAUUUCAUGAAGAUAAAAAGACCAUUUAAAAACUUGACAAAUAUGGCAAACUGACGUAAAAUUUCCACACAUGGUGAACAACUGUAGCACAGGAAACUAAGCUUUGGCUGUCUCAAUGUUAAAACCGAGACAUUCAAGUAUAGUCCGAGAUACAUUAGAGGUAUAUCCAUAUGAAUUGAUAAAUUAAAAAGGCCACACAGAUUCAUUCCUAACAGCACAGAAGUUUUGUACAUAAAAAAAAAAAAGCUCCUGAUUCAUUAGACUAAAUGGUAACUGAAAUCACACUGUGCAAACAAAACAGGCCAUUAUUGUUAGACAUCAUCAAAUCCAGAUUAUUAUGAAUUUUCAGACACAAUGGUCUGCUUUCAAGCACAAGAAAAUUAUAAUCAUGGCAGCACAAAACAGCAACUUAGGAUUGUUUAAACAAAUCGAGGAAAGUGUAUGUUACUAUUGCAACGACUCAUGAUGUUGAGCAAAGUGCAUCUAAAAACUGAUUAACAAAUGUAGAUAAAACAAUGAGAAAAUUCUCUUUGCAAUAUGUUAGAGUCUCUUCUCUUUUGUAAACAGUUUUUAAGUUAAUCGUUAUGGCAGCACUUGGUGACUCCUACCAGAUGUAAAAGGUGAUAAAAUGGGUCAGGUUUCGGUGCUGGCACAGUUUCCUGCACAAUACUGCCUACUGUUAAAGAACAUAACCCAGGAUGAUUGAAAUGUAUAAAACUGCUGUAGGACAUCAAAUAAGAUUGAUAAUCAGAAAAGGAAAGCAUAAAUAUAAGAUGGUGAUGAUGCUGGCUUGAUCUGGCAAACAUUUCAUAGUGGAAUGAAGUGUAACAGUGGUUGGAAAAUAUUUAUAAACAAGAGGAAGAGGGAAAGAGUUGGGUUGAGAGAGGAAGGGGCAUAUUAUGAGGACGA